CUCCUCCCGGGGCGGCGGCGGCAGCGGCGGCCGCUCGGGCUCGGCUCCGUGUCGGGCCGGCCCCACGGCCCGUCAUGGGCAGCCAGGGCCGUCCGGGGCCCGCGGGGGAUAGCGGGUCGGGCGAGGGCGAGAGCGGGGAGGCGCGGAAGGUGCAGGAAGGCAAGGUCGUCAGGGGGAAGCGGAGGAAGGGGAAGGGGAAAGGCGGAAGAGGAAGCGGGGCGGAGGGGAAGCCGGAGCAGCAGAAGGCGACGGAGGCGGCAGGGCGAGGGGCGGAGGGGGAAGCCCGGGCAGGCCCUAGGGAGCACGGCGAGAGGGAGACGGGCGAGAGGAGGCUUCUAGGGGGAGAGGAGGGGAACACAGUGCCGGGGAAGGAGGCACAAGAAAGGCGGCGUGGAAAGAAGGAGGAAUGGAGGGUCAGGACCGGGCGGCGGGAGGGCGCCAGGCCAGGCAGGGCACAGGGACGCGGGGGUCAGGCUUGGGGUCGCCCCGCGGGCACCGGGGCGGCCAUGGCGGCGGCGGCUGAGGAGGCGGCGGUAGCUGAGGAGGCCGCUGCCCGCCCCGCGGCGGGGCCCGCGCUCUGGCGCCUGCCGGAGGAGCUGCUGCUGCUCAUCUGCUCCUACCUGGACGCGCGGGCCCUGGGCCGCCUGGCUCAGGUGUGCCGCUGGCUGCGGCGCUUCACCAGCUGCGACCUGCUGUGGCGCCGGAUAGCCCGGGCCUCGCUCAACUCCGGCUUCUCGCGGCUCGGCACCGACCUGAUGGCUGCUAUCCCAGUGAAGGAGCGAGUAAGGGUGUCUCAGAACUGGAGAUUGGGACGCUGCCGAGAGGGGAUUCUGUUGAAGUGGAAAUGCAGUCAGAUGCCCUGGAUGCAACUAGAGGGUGAUUCUCUGUACAUAUCCCAGGCCAAUUUUAUCCUGGCCUAUCAGUUCCGCCCAGAUGGUGCCAGCUUGAACCGUCGGCCCAUGGGAGUCUUUGCUGGGCAUGAUGAAGAUGUUUGCCACUUCGUGCUGGCCAAUUCACAUAUUGUCAGUGCAGGAGGAGAUGGGAAGAUUGGCAUUCAUAAGAUUCAUAGCACAUUUGCUGUCAAGUACUCAGCUCAUGAACAGGAGGUGAACUGUGUGGAUUGCAAAGGGGGCAUCAUUGUGAGUGGCUCCAGGGACAGGACAGCCAAGGUGUGGUCUUUGGCGUCAGGCCGACUGGGACAGUGUUUACACACAAUUCAAACUGAAGAUCGAGUCUGGUCCAUUGCUAUCAGCCCAUUGCUCAGCUCUUUUGUGACGGGGACAGCUUGUUGUGGACACUUCUCACCCCUAAGAAUCUGGGACCUCAACAGUGGGCAGCUGAUGACACACCUGGGCAGUGACUUUCCUCCAGGGGCUGGGGUGCUGGAUGUCAUGUAUGAGUCCCCUUCCACACUCCUGUCCUGUGGCUAUGACACCUACAUUCGCUACUGGGACCUUCGAGCCAGUGUGCGGAAGUGCGUCAUGGAGUGGGAGGAGCCCCAUGAUAGCACCCUGUACUGCUUGCAGACUGAUGGGAACCACCUGCUAGCCUCUGGCUCUUCCUACUAUGGCGUGGUGCGGCUCUGGGACAGGCGCCACCGGGCUUGCCUGCAUGCCUUCCCGCUGACAUCGACGCCACUCAGCAGCCCUGUGUACUGCCUGCGCUUCACCACUAAGCAUCUCUAUGCUGCGCUGUCCUACAACCUCCACAUCCUAGACUUUCACAACCCCUAACAGUCAGGGCCACCCCGGCUUGUGGGCCAGGAAGCCAGCUACUCAGGGAUCUCUCCUGCCUGGAGGGUGCAGUGAUACCUCCUCCCUGUGCCCACAGUCCUUGUGACCACAGUGCUCGGACACCUUAAGCUAGAGGCUCCUGAUGUGGGCUCUGGGGUUACCCAGAGGUGCUGGCCCUUCCAGGAACCAGAGGGAGAAAAAGGGCCUUUUGGGAGAUGCCGCUGAGUUUGGCCAAGCCUUGCUUCCUUGUUAGUCAGAUCAAGAGCCUGGGCUGUGGAGCCCCCCACCCUAGGGUACCUUCUUUGAGUGGGGUGAGGCUGCCAACAUACCUGCUGGCACUAGCCCCACCUCUGUCAUACUCCACUGCUGACCAAAUUCUCAGGGCUGGGGCCUUACUCCUGUGGCACUGUGGCCUGGUCUUGCUUUGAAACCAAGAAAGGACAAAAGGAACCCAGCACUUCUAAGUUCUGAGCCAGUCCAACCUCUGUCAGCUGUUGAGACAUGCUACCUUGUUCAUUUUUGUAAAAAUAAAGCUUGAUUGUUCACA